UGCUGUAAAAUAGUCGAAUCAGUGUGGCGUGCUGUUUUAUAUCAGAGGGGAAUUGAAAUGUACUACCGUAAUUCUUGCGGGUUUGUUUAAAAUGCCACACAAGCGUAGAAACCGAGUCCAUGCGAACCAAAGGAAUUCCACAACGCGACGCGUUCCUUUGUCCCACCUGCCGACUGCACCGCCGAAUGUGCUCGUCGAAUCCUGCAACGGGCUUGAUGCGGAGAUCCGCUCGCCGAGCUGUCCGAUGGCCAAAGGAGGCGCAAUGACCACCGGAAGAAACUUCUCGGCGAACAAGUUAGCCGUGCCCCAAUACAAUACCACCGUGCGCAAGCAGAACGAGGUCCAGAUCAUAUCAAACAUUAAGCUGGAUACGAAACUUCAUACAGAAACUAGGUCGUCCAUCGCACCAAAGGUCACCCAAAAGAUGAACUUCGCGCCCAAUCAAGCAGUAUUCAGGGAUCUGGUGCCACUCAACGUCAACGAUUCUCUGCUGGUGCCGCACAAGAACAAGAAUGAUGCUUCAAAGAACAAGACAACGAAAGACUCGGAGACAAACAAGACUAAAGGCGAGCCCCAGCUAGCUGAAUAUGCGGAAAAAGUAGAUCCCAUUGGCAUGGAGGUUAAGGAACCUACACUCCGCUUGGAUUGGGUACCAGAACCCUUUGAUUUUUUCGGCGCUUAUAGGAGAACAUACAAUUAGAGUUACAUUUUAUUUAUAAAUAUAUCCGAGUCGCACAGUA